AUGUCUGUGCGUCCAUUUGUAGAACUUUCAUCAGAAAGAUAUGUUGAGAACAUUUCUACUUCGCUUUGUCCUCAACAACCUUUAAAUAAUAACAACUUGAAUAAUUCUACGUUUUCAUGUGUGACCUCACCUGUAAUUAGUGAUUAUGAUAAUGAAUCAUCAAGAAACAUUUCCAAUAAUUUUAAAAAUUUAACAACAAAAACUAUUACUACACCUACAAUUGAUGAACCUAUUCUUACUCCACCUGGAAGUGAAUGUGAAAAUGAAACACUUGAUAUAUCUGAUAAACCUGAUAAACUUGAUAAAAAACUUGAUAAAAAACUUGAUAAAAAACUUGAUAAAAAACUUGAUAAAAAACUUGAUAAAAAACUUGAUAUGAAUAAAGACCUUACAGAAGCUAAACGCGUAAAGAAUUUAUUAAAUCUUUUCCCACCACCAUGUACAGCAGAACAAUUUUUUAAUGGAAAUUCAUCAAAAGCAGCUGAUGGUAGAACCAAAAGACCAUGUAAUAAAUUUAUAAUUUUUCGUAAAGUAGCUCAUGAUCAAAAAGCCAAUACAAUUAAAUUAAUGAAUUAUAAUGAACGAAUAUUUUCAAAAUAUAUUGGUAUUAUAUGGAAAGAUUUAAUUACAUCUGAUGAAAAAAGUCAGUAUAAAGAAUUAGCAGAAAAAGUUGCAAUCUUACAUAAAUGUCAAAAUCCUGAAUAUAAAUAUAAACCAAGAAGAGAUAGAGCUAUAUGGAAACAAUAUUCUCCUUCUAAUCAACGAAGGAAAAAAUCUCAAUCACAAGAAUUUCAGGAUGAUUUUUCUCGAUUAGAUGAACUUAUGCCAAUGUGGUAG